UCUGCCUCGGAAGUCGUUCUCCUCCCGAUGGCCAAUCCUCCACCGUUCAUCAACCCCCGCUCCGGCUACUCUCCGGCCACCAAAACGUUUCACAGCCUUCGUCCCCCCGUUCCCCUCCCACCCGUUUCCCAACCCCUCUCCUUCACUUCCUACGCUAUUUCCCUUCUCCCAAAUCCGUUUCCCUCUCACCCAGCCCUUAUCGACGGCUCCACAGGUGUUUCCCUCUCGUAUCCCGACCUCGUUUCCCAGAUUCACUUCCUCGCUUCCUCUCUCCACUCCAAUCUCGGCAUCUCCAAAGGCCACGUGGCAUUCAUCCUCUCCCCAUCCUGUCUCGAGAUCCCCAUCCUCUACCUCUCUCUCCUCUCCCUCGGCGCUAUCAUCACUCCGGCCAACCCCGCCGCCACGCCAUCGGAGCUCUCCCGCCUGAUCCACCUCUCCGGCCCAGCCUUCUUCUUCGCCACGUCAUCAACCUCCUCCAAACUCCCCGGCCACGUCACCCCCAUCCUCAUCGACUCCCCUCUCUUCCGAUCCUUCCUCGAUUCCGGCUCCUCAUUAUCGGAUCCUAUCGAGAUUCUCCAAUCCGAUCCGGCGGCGAUCCAGUUCUCAUCGGGAACAACCGGGAGAAUAAAAGCCGCCGCACUUCCUCAUCGGAGCUUCAUUGCGAUGAUCGCCGGGUUCCACGCUCUCCGGCCAUCGGACAUGGAGACGACGAUGCUUUCAGCCCCAAUGUUCCACUCUCUAGGUUUCUUUGUAGCGCUGAAGGGGAUUGCCCUCGCCGAAACCACGGUGGUCGUCGGGGGUGCACCUCUUGAGCGCAUCAUGGCGGUGGCGGAGAGGUAUAACGUCACGCAGAUGACAGCGGCGCCGCCUCUCGUUGUGGCGAUGGCUCAAUCGGAAGAGACGCUGAGAUUCGAUCUCUCGAGUCUCCGGCGAGUGUUCUGCGGCGGCGCUCCUCUCUCCCUGGACGCCGCAGAGAGAUUUCUAGCGAAAUUCCCGCUCCUCGAGAUCUCCCAGGGUUAUGGUUCCACAGAGGCUGGAGGAAUAUCAAGGAUGAUCGGGCCGGAAGAAUGUCGUCGCGGUAGAUCGGUUGGCCGGCUAACUGAAAAUGUUGAGGCUAAGGUUGUUCACCAUGUUACUGGCAAGGUAUUGUCUGUAGGGGAGCCAGGAGAGUUAUGUCUUAAGGGGCCAGCCACCAUGCUAGGAUAUGUUGGUGAUCCUGAGGCUAAUGCUCUUGCCUUUGACUCCGAAGGAUGGCUGAAAACAGGAGAUCUUUGUUAUUUUGAUGAAGAUGGAUUUCUUUUUAUUGUUGAUAGACUAAAAGAGAUGAUUAAGUACAAAGCCUACCAGGUUCCUCCUGCUGAACUGGAGCAUGUACUGCAAUCUCUGCCAGAAAUUGUUGAUGCUGCAGUUGUGCCGUAUCCACAUGAGGAAGCUGGACAGAUACCUAUGGCGUUUGUGGUAAGGCAACCAGGAAGCAACCUCACUGAGUUAGAGGUGAUGGAGUUUGUUGCCAAGCAGGUUGCACCAUAUAAGAAGAUACGUAGAGUGGCAUUCAUAAAGUCUAUCCCAAAAUCAGCAGCUGGAAAAGUUUUGAGGAGAGAGCUUGCUAGUUUUGCUCUGUGUGGCUCCUUUUCCAGAUUAUGAUUUCUCUCUCAAAUAUAUAUGCAUGACUCUCCAAAUUUUGUAUAUAUAUAUACAAAAUUUUCUUUCUUUUAUACA